AUGACGGCGGAUGAAUUGCAAGCCAUGAUGGACGAGACCGCGGCCAAGGCAGCAGCUUGGGCAGCAGCGGACGCAGUAGCUCAAUACAUCAGUGCUCAGGGCCAUAGUGAUUUCGAAGAGUCGAUUCUGUCAGAAAGCGAUCCUACGGAUCCCGCUCACGUCCAUGUGACCCCGCCCAUCGUAGAGCUCCACGACUCUGAGGAAAGGGUGUCGCUCAACGAUCGAAGCCUUUCUUCAGAACGGGCUCCCCGAAGAUAUGCUCAGCCCCAGUCGUAUCAGCAUAGCUCAGCCUCGGACCAGGCCCCUCGAAGAGAAGCACGUGGUCGAUCACCACGCCCCCUAAGGCAACGGGCUCCCUCAAGGGAGAGAGCGACGCGAGACCGCCGAGAGAGAAGUGGAUCUUCUCGGCCGGGUGUUCCACGCCAUGAGCCUCGAUACGAUAGACAUCGAGGACGUUCCUUUUGCCGAGGCAACUCCCCUCAAGACGAGCAUGGUAGUAGGUACUCUCAACCUGAAGAGACGAGAAGAUGUCGCGAGAAUUUUAACGAUCGUAAUUCAAGAAGUCCACGACGAGAAACUUCGAGAUCAACAACCGCUCGCUUUGGAACGCUCCCCGCCCGAAUAAGCCCCUUUAUUCCGGCCAUUAUGGAGGAAGUUUUACCGCUCGGAUUUAGGAUCCCCAAUCUGCCCAAAUUCGAUGGAACCGGAGAUCCCCAGAAUCACCUUAACAAUUUAUUCGCUAAGAUCGACCUUUACGGCCUCAGCGACACCGCCUACUGCAAAAUUUUCCAAACUACCUUAACUGAUCAAGCAGAAACUUGGUUCAACGGUCUGCCUGGAGGAUCCUUGGAUGGUCUAGGCCAACUAUCGGAACGUUUCCUUAGCCAAUAUUCCAUCAACAAGAGAUACGCCAAAACCGGAUCGUACCUCUUCAAAGUCAAACAGCGCGAAGGAGAACCGUUAAGGGAUUAUGUACAACGGUUCGUCAAAGUUGUGCACGAGGUGCCCAAUGUUAACCACAACCUGCUAGCCGAUAUACUGCAACAUAAUUUGAAGCAUGUUCUCUUCCAAGAAUCCAUCGCAGGCCGACCCCCGCAAACUCUGGAGGAACUUAUGAACCGCGCGGAGAAAUUUAUCCGGAUAGAGGAGCCUGUAGAGAUGGGGCUCCCCGUGAAGAGGAGGCGCGAAGAAGAGCGCCAUGAUACAAAAAGGAAAGAAGAAGGACGCUCGAACCACGCCCCUACCUAUCCAAAGUUCACUCCCUUAAAAGCAAAACUCAUGGAAGUAUGGAUGGUAGCGGAGCAGAAAGGUUUAGUCCGACCCCCGAGACAGAUGAAAGAAAAUUCGAAAAGGCAAAAAUCGGAAAAGUACUGCGAGUACCAUCGAGAUCAGGGCCACACUACCGACGAAUGCUUUCAACUUAAGCAGGAAAUCAAGAGACUCGUCAAGAAAGGACAUCUGGGAGAAUUCGUGGAUACCCCGCGACACCAGGAAUUAAAAAAUAAACCCCACUUCCAGCAGAAAGGAGAACAUCCCAAUCCUCGGAAAGAUCGGGAGGAUGACAAUCUUCCGACUCAAGGAAUAAUUGCAGUCAUUUCCAGAGGACCGUCGAGUGGUGACACCCCCAGCGCACGACGCGCGUCAAUGCGGGUUGCAGGAGGCUCGUACUGUACAACAGAACGUCCGGCAGGACAUGUUUACCAUGUUCACCACCCAAACCCAGAGAUUACAUUUAGCAACGACGAUCUCGAGGGACCACGUGGUGAACACAACGAUGCGUUGGUCAUUUCUGCAUCAAUUUCUAAUUACUUAGUGAAGAAGAGUUUGGUAGACGGCGGUAGCUCGGCUGAUAUUAUAUAUUACGGCGCUUUCGAAAAGCUAGGGAUAGCCAAUGUGAAACUCGCACCCGUGAAAACACCCCUAUGGGUUUUGCAAGACACGCCGUCGAAGCUUUGGGAGAAAUUUCCCUAG